UAGCGGCAAAGACAUGAAGAACCGUUAGAUGCCCAAUGUCCACUCCAACUGACCUAAACCCCUGUGAAAACCCUAAACAAUGGCGAUUCUGGUGGGAAUCACAAUCACAGCUCCCCAUCCUCAAUUUACACCUCUUCAAUCCCCAAGUCAAGCCUCUAGCUCAAUGCACCCAUCUCAAACUCAACUUACUUCUGCACAACUCGUUGCUCGAGCUGACUUGGUUCCAGUCCCAACUCGAGGUGUUUCUUAGAGUUCCUUUUCCGAGAGUAUUGGUUGAUAGCGAAUCUCCAUUGACUUUCAAGCUGCUGGAGGAUCAUAUUCAAGUCAAAUUUUGUUUGCUUCUUUCGGUUGAUCAUCCCCUGGUUUCGAGUUUGGACAAUGUCAUUUUACUAGAGGAGGAGAGGACGAGAGCCAAAGCGGAUGUUGAGCGUCUUGAAAUGGAUUACGAUAUCGAGUGCUUGUCUUCAACCGGAGGUGUAUACUUUUACUGUAGAAAUUGCUCAACCAAAUUAUCUACAUCACUCAGAACUUUUGAGGAGAUGCCAUCAGUAAACUGGCGAGAGGUAGCUGACAAUUGGUUUGGGAAUUGUUGUUGCUCAUUUGGAGGCAUUAGUGAAAAAUUGGUUAUCAGUUAUGCAAAAUCGUACACAAGUACAACAGGUCUCUGUCUUUUAAAUACCUCAUCUGUUAUUCUAAGCAAAGAUGACCUUGUGGGUUUCAAUAUACCUGACUGGAGCCUGAAGGAAGAUAAUGAACUGGAUUUAUCUGUUAAGAAUGGUGUACAGAAGACAACUGGAAUUAAGGAUGACACGACAAUGUCGUUUCAUGGUCAGACAGAGAUGAUGGAUGCUAUUGACAGCAAACUAAACAAAUUAUGUUUUUCGAAAGAUGAACUGAAAAAUGAGGUAAAACAUGAAAUAGUUUACACUGACGCUUUAUCUCAAGUGUCACCAACAUUGGAGGAUAUAAAGCAUGUACCGUCGAGUCCUGGACACUAUAGUAAAGACCAUGAUAUCAAAUGUUGUGAUCAUAGUGGAUCUGAACCUUCUGCAAAAGAGCUUGAUACAAGUGCUUUUGAACUCCUAGAAAAUCAGAAAUCCUUUCUUGAUGGAUAUCUUGGAAAUGUUUUCAUGACUAGAACCUCAAAUUUAACAAAAGAUGUUAGAUGGUUUGAACUUUCAUGUCCAUGCUGUUCAUGUCUGCUUGGAGCAUAUCCACGUGGUAAUAGUAAUGUAGUCUUUGAUGAUGGAGUUCACUUGUUUAAGUGUUACAUAUCAACUUGUUCGGAUGCCGGAGCAUCAGGAAAUCUCUUCAGGAUGUAUACCUUGGAGAGGAUGUUUUCUAGCCAGUUGUUGGAAUGUGCUAAAGAUGAAUUAUCAUUUCGAACUGUGAUUAGGGAUCUACAAACCAAGCGACCUAUACUGAAAAUUGUUCUCCUGAACCCAAAUUCAUGGUGCUGCUUUGGUUAUUGUUCAAGCACCGUGGAUCAGGUUUCAAGAAUAAAUAUGUCUCCUGCCAUUAAAUUGCUUUUCUCUGACUGUAGCAAAAGUGAUGAAUGUGAAUUGAGGAUGAUAGAAGAAUGGGUAGUCAAGAACCAAGCUGAUGAAGUCUACAUGUUAGCUUCUCAAAUAGAAGAAUUAAUUAGAUCAUUAGAAUUGGUAAAGAAUGUACUGCCACCUUCACAUUCCUUGCUGCAGGGAUUUUCAUUAUCUUCUUUAAGGAUAUAAAAUCAACCUGUUAUCUAAUAUAUUUUUUAUAAUUAUAUUUUUCUGGAUUA